CCCUCCCCCACCUCUGGAACCUCAGUCAGAUUUAGAGGAAAGAACCAGUUUUCAGAGAGAUUGCCUCAGACCACAUUAUCUCCCCUUGCCCAGCCCUGUGGAAGCUUAGCAGCCAUGUAUUCCAGUGGGAUGGGAACCGUAGCUGCUGGAAAAAGGAAGGUGUGUCUUCUCCCCUUGCUGCUCAUUGGCCUCUGGGGCUGUGUGGCCUGUUAUGGGAUCCCUGUGGAAGACAUCUGCAUAGCCAAACCCCGGGACAUUCCUGUGAAUCCCAUGUGCAUUUACCGCUCCCCAGAGAAGAAGGCAACCGAGGGUGAGGGCUCAGAGCAGAAGAUCCCUGAGGCCACCAACCGGCGGGUCUGGGAACUAUCCAAGGCCAAUUCCCGCUUUGCCACCACCUUCUAUCAGCACUUGGCAGACUUCAAGAAUGACAACGACAACAUUUUCCUGUCACCCCUGAGUAUCUCUACGGCUUUUGCUAUGACCAAGCUGGGUGCCUGUAACAACACCCUCAAGCAGCUGAUGGAGGUAUUUAAAUUUGAUACCAUAUCUGAGAAAACAUCUGAUCAGAUCCAUUUCUUCUUUGCCAAACUGAACUGCCGACUCUAUAGAAAAGCCAACAAAUCCUCCAAGUUGGUAUCAGCAAACCGCCUUUUUGGAGAAAAAUCCCUUGCCUUCAAUGAGACCUACCAGGACAUCAGUGAGGUGGUGUAUGGAGCCAAGCUCCAACCCCUAGACUUCAAGGAAAAUGCAGAGCGGUCCAGAGUGACCAUCAAUGAAUGGAUAGCCAAUAAGACCGAAGGCCGUAUCACUGAUGUCAUUCCUGCAAAAGCCAUCGACGAACUCACUCUUCUGGUGUUGGUGAACACCAUUUACUUCAAGGGCCUGUGGAAGUCAAAGUUCAGCCCUGAGAACACGAGGGAGGAACUGUUCUACAAGGCUGAUGGGGAGACGUGCUCAGCGUCCAUGAUGUACCAGGAAAGCAAGUUCCGCUACCGGCGCGUGGCCGAAGGCACCCAGGUGCUGGAGUUGCCCUUCAAAGGUGAUGACAUCACCAUGGUGCUUGUCCUGCCCAAGCCUGAGAAGAGCCUGGCCAAGGUGGAGCAGGAACUCAGCCCAGAGCUGCUGCAGGAGUGGCUGGAUGCCCUGGAGGAGGUGAUGCUGGUGGUCCACAUGCCCCGCUUCCGCAUUGAGGAUGGCUUCAGUUUGAAGGAGCAGCUGCAAGACAUGGGCCUUGUCGAUCUUUUCAACCCUGCAAAGUCCCAACUCCCAGGUAUUGUUGCAGAAGGCAGGAACGAUCUCUACGUCUCUGACGCAUUCCAUAAAGCAUUCCUGGAGGUAAAUGAAGAAGGCAGUGAAGCAGCAGCGAGUACUGCCGUCGUGAUUGCUGGCCGUUCCCUGAACCCCAACAGAGUGACCUUCAAGGCCAACAGGCCCUUCCUGGUUUUUAUAAGGGAAGUUCCUCUGAACACUAUUAUCUUCAUGGGCAGAGUGGCUAACCCUUGUGUUAACUAAAGUGUUCUUAUUCUUUGUACCUCUUCCCACUUUGGUUUGUGAAUAGAAGUAAAAAUAAAUGCAACUACUUCCAUCUCACA